AUAAGCCCCAUUUAAGCCUUUAUAACUAUUAUAGACGAAGUUCCAUUCCAUACGACCUUUGGUUUAGUAUUAUCGUUCUGUAAUAAUACCGUCGUAAUAUCGUUAGUUGCGACAGCUGCAAACAAUAACAUUUCUACUCUUCGUCCGAUUUAAUUCCACUUGUUCAAUUUCAUUAAUUCCUUAAUUUAAGAAAGAUGCGCUGCUAUGAAUUUUCAUGAUAGCCUGUAAGAGAUAAAAUGAUAUGACGUGUGUCAAAUUUUUAAUCGAAUAUAUCUUGAAAUUAUUAGCAAUCUAUAUCACAAACUUGCAGUGCAAAGAUAGCACCGAAAGAAAUAGCAUUAUCGCAUGACACUUCAGGUUUCAAUAUCUUGGCAAUAAAGCAAUUUUGUAUUGUAACCCUUUAGAGGAAAUAAUUAGGGAAAUUACACAACUACGAUGACUGGCUCUUCGAUACCAAUGAAGAUUAUCCAUCAUAAAGCGAACGAUACAUGGGCUUAGUAAAUGCCGUUUAUUGCUGGCCCUCCGUGAAAGUACUCUACUGUAUUGUUUUCUCCAUGAACCUGGCUGGUCUUUUAGCCGUCGUUCUGGCCAUUCUCUGGGCCGUACGAUUCGAAAGAGGCUUUGCCGAUUACCUAAAUCUUAUCACCCCCGGUUACUUUCAAUCUGUCGAAUCUUUUUCCAAUUUAAUCAGAUGGUCAUACGACGAAUUUUUUAGAAUUGGUUUUUUUUUAUUGUGUGGGUUAACGAGCGGAUCACGACGAGCAGGUGACGGCCACGUGUGGACCGCGAUCAUCGUGUCUGCUGGCGUUUGCUGUUCCCCUGCCUACAUCCUGGGAAUUAAGUGCUGGCUCUACCUGAAACUAGAACCAGCUAGAAACGAUUUAGAGGAUCAACACAAAGUAGAUGACAACGUAGAUCCUCACGAUGUGAAUCGGCUUCUAUUCUUCCACGUGAUUGCCUGCCUGCUGUCAGGAUUCUUGGUAGCUAUUCUAAACGCCACUUACUUGAUUCUGUUGAGCGGAUUUCAGCAAAAAAGCCGCGAUGGCUUGAUAGAAGCUAUGGAGAAAUAUGGAAUUGACGUCGCUGUGAAAGCGAGGGUGGACGCUCUUCAAACCGAACUCGAAUGUUGCGGGGAUGAUAGUUACGAAGAUUGGUUUCGAAUUCCGUGGCUGAAACUGUCGAUGGAGGGACCUGAGGAUAUGGAGAACGGUCCUCGACUGGAAGGGCAGUGGCUUUACCCAUUUACUUUUGUCUGUUUUAAAAGGAGAUCAGUACCAGAAGAGCGAGAAGAAGAAACUUCCACGCCCGUCGAUGUACCUUUUUCCUGCUGUUCCAAUGACAUUCCGAAACCUUGUGUUCAUCACGAUAUUCUCAGCCCCAGUGCCGUCUACAACUACGAUCCUAAACAUUUAACCAUCUCCACUAAUGGGUGCAGAUCGAAGAUUAUAAGUCGAGGUGAAGUUAUCAAAACGUACUUGACAGGAUAUCUUGCUCUUUUAUCCCUAUAUCAGGUAAUUUUGUCGUACGUGUCUCGAUUAUUGCAAACAGCCUAUAGCAACGAGCUGUACAUAGGACCUCAGAAGACUCGUUACCACGUCUGGAUAUUCUUCAAACCGGAAGAUUUACCUGGAAACGAGCGAAGAAGCGAGCGAAUGCGUCCACAAAGAAAACAAUCGAAACUAAAGUUAGCCUCCACGUUCUCGAAAAGUUGGGACGAGGAGGAAACGAGUUCGCAGCGUCGUAAAAACAGGAAGGGUAGCAUGAAAGUUUUAACGAAGAUUCGUUCGAAAAUUUCCUCCGUUAAAUCGAAAAGCCUACCUGCCAUUAGACCUACCUUCUUUUCUAACAAUUCUCGAGGUAAGAAACGAAGCGUGCAACGGUUGGGAGAGAUUGGCGAGGAAGAAGAUGAACAACCGGAAGAAGAAACGAGACUUCUCUCGGAACAUAAAACGAGAUCUGAGGUUCUUAUGAAAAAAGAUCAUCUCUCUGUGUUUUCAUUAUUAUCGGACGAUUCCUCGACGAAUUUACCGCCGCCACCACCACCUCCACCUCCUUUUUUACUAAAUCUUGAUGUAGAAGACGACGAGGAAGAUCAACUUCUUUCCGAAAUCGUGCCUUCAAAGUCCUCCAAUAUAACAAAAGUUAAUGUACCAUCGAUACAAAACGUAAUUACAAAUCAGAACUCUGGCAGACGCAUAAAAGUAUUAGAAAAAUUUGGUCAAAUCUUGGAACGUGUUGAUAGAGGUACUCAGCAUAGGGAAAGCGGAGGAGCAGAUAUUUCGAGUAGCAAUUUGAGAUACGAUUGUUCGAGAAGCGAAGUUCGUACAAGGCUAAGUUCAACGGACAUUUACAAUAGGUUUCGUGGUACUCUUCAGCACACUCUGGCUAGAAGAGAGGCCAUUAGAGCUCGAAAUGGAUCGACAAAACUUUAUAGUCCCAGAAGUCGGAUGAAGUUGGAAAUCAGAAGAAGUAAUAUUCUAGCUAGGAUACGAAGCAAAAAUGUUCCUCCUUCUUAUCGUUUACUGGCAGAUUUUGAGCUCCAUACAAGGCCAAUUUUUCAACCACAUUCAAUACAAUUAUCUGUUCCUCCUCUUGCAUCAUCUCCGCCUCUUUCUCUUCCUCCUCCACCUCCACCUCCACCUCUACCUCCAUUUCCUUCGCCAAAUCCGAUCAAAUGGACCAGAAAUUCAGAGAGAAUUUGUGAAACAAAGGCAUUACCGCGAGAACAACGCCAAUGCAGCAUUUGCAAUCGUCCAGUCGAGCAAAGCCCCAGCUCUUCUUCUCGCGAAUCUCUCGUCGAAGUUCGUAAGGAUGCUCGAACAUUUUCUGCUUCAGCUCGAAGAAAAGCUCGCGCCACGUUCUCGCGGCAUAGGGAGUUUCUAAGAGGAGAUUACGCGUCUUGGAAUCGAUCUACUCCCGUUUCUAAAUCCGUCCAACGUAGAUAACUCGAUUCUUCAACUGAUUCUCUGUAAAAUGUUGCCGUAGUAAUCAGUAAUGAUCAUGAUUGCAAGCGAGUUGGAUGUAAAAAUGUAAAUAUAAGUAGAAAAGAAUAGAGAAUAGAAAAACGAUACCUGGCAGUGUCACUGAAGAUGAGAAUCCAAGGUAGAAGAAACAGCAGUCAUACAAUACUUGAUGGUUUAUUUGCCGAGAAGUAAAAUACAUAGGCAUUUGUUAUAAUAGUACUGCCGAAGAAUACUUCUUACGUCUCUGUAAUACAUCUAGCGACAAUACAUCAGUACUAAAAAGAGAAAAGCUGAUUUUUUCAUCAAUUUGUCUGUUUACCAAAUACUUUACAAUGUUCGCGUACUUUCCCUCUAUCUUUCAUCAUCCUUAUGUUUUUUUCUUUUUCUUUUUUUUCAUUAUUUUUCAGUAUUUUUUCUUUUUUACGUUUGUUCUAACUUCUUUGUCAGGCUUCGUGGUUUACUCUACUGAAUAUUCGCGAUUUCUCGUCUCGUUUUUAUCGUCGCUUCGAAGAAUCGGAGAGCGGCCGGCAACGACGAGGUGUUCGACGUUCGUCGUAGUCGAAAAACAAAAGAAAUUAACAGCGUCGAGCUUUGUGGUACUCGUCGCGCCGUAGUCGUUUUCAUCUCGGCACCUUGCACUUUUGCACGGUGGUCCCAAUUUGUGUUAAUAAUCGCGAUCGUACUCUUGUUAUUGCAAACGUUAGACGUCGGUGCACGCAGUUCUCAUCGUCUCGCUUUACAAUACCGCUCUAUACCGCAAUAACUUCGUCAGGAGACAGUCGAAAGAUAAAUUUCGAACGACGAGUUUCGCACGAAACUUCUCCUUUCUUGAAGAU